AUGGUACCCGCAUCGCCACCGCGCUCGCGCAGCUCGUCCAUCUCAUCAUUUGAUUGGUUCCAUUCUGACAAAACCGCUCAUGGUAUGUUGACUUGGGCCGCCGAUAUGUUCAAAGCUCAUGUAGGCAAAACGAUUCUUCAAGAGUUCUGGGAUGAUCGUGAAAACGCCGAUUUCGAAAUUCAGUGCGGUGCGGAAGUCUUCAAGGUUCACAAGGCGAUUCUUCGUUCUCAUUCUGAAGUCCUUGCCAAAAUAUGCGACAGCCGCUCUUUCAAGAUCGACAACCUUGGCGAUGGUGAUGACCCGGAGAUCGUUCAAGAGAUGAUCCACUACUUCUAUCAUCUUGAGCUGUCGCCCAAAGCUAGAGUGAUCUCGCCUUGGAUGUGCGAGGUUGUCCACGUCGAACCAUCCCUUGUCUAUCUCGCCAGAAUCUACGUGCUGGCCGAGAAGUACUUCAUCGAAGGAUUGAAGACAAAGGUCAUGGAAGGCUUUGAUAAUAGUCUGUGUCGCGAGCUGAAGCACCCUGAACUAAUCGAAGCUUGCCACAUUAUCUACAAGAAGACCUUGGAGCCAGCUGGCGAAAAGGGCUUGAAAACCAUUGUGGCAAAGUCGUUGGCAGAGAAGUUGGAGAAAGUCAAGGAGUCUGAGAUGCACGACAAAUUGUUCCAAGAGAUCCCAGAGCUGGCUUUUCGCGUUCUGAAAGAGGUUCCUAAGCCCAGAGCUGAACCAACCGAUCUAGAUGCUUUUGAGAAGACCAGCUGGUUUACAUCAGCAUAUCUCAUCGCCGUAUCAUCUACAUCACCAUUGACUGGCAAGCUGAGUCAACUCUUCAGCCCAAGAAACUGCAUCGCUGCCAGUGCGAUGAUCCUUGGAUUGGGUGCUCUUCUCACAAGUUUUGCCCAAACCUUCGCCAGCUUCAUCGUUGGACGCAUCAUUACCGGUAUUGGAGCUGCUGGUGUUUUCACUGUGUCCAUCAUCGUUGUGCUCGAGCUCAGUGGACCCACCAAGCGUGGAGCUGUUAUCGGUCUUCUCAAUUCUGGAUUCACCGUCGGUGUUGCGGUUGGAGCUACAGUGGCAGGUGCGUUGGUCAACAAAGUGGGCUGGAGAGCGCUUUUCUGGAUGCAAACACCACUUGCUGUUGUUGCUGGUGCAGCCCUCUACUUUGCAAUCCCGACUCAAUUCUCUGCUGCUAGAGGCAACAGUAAAGAGAGCAUCUGGAAGAAGCUAGGAACAUUGGAUUAUCUUGGUGCUCUUACACUGACGGUCGGAAUUGUGCUGCUUCUUUCAGCACUCUCGAACCCUCGCCGCAUUCCCAUCUUGCCAAUCAUCUUCAGCGUCAUCGCUCUAGCUACAUUCGUCCUCAACGAGAUGUAUCUGGCUACUGAUCCUAUCAUUCCAGUAACGCUGCUCAAGUCUCGAGGCAUGGCCUUUACCUGCUUGGGCACGGUUGGCUUCAUGAUGGCCCGCUGGAGUGUGCUCUUCUUCACUCCAACCUACACUCUGGCAGUCCGUGGCUGGGCUCCCGCCGCAGCAGGUAGCAUCCUGAUCGCCACAAAUGGAGGCUUUGCGCUUGGAGGCAUUCUCGUCGGCGUUUUCCACAUCCGUCGCCAGGGCAGUUUCUAUAUCCCCUGUGUGAUAGUAUACCUCUUGUUUCCCUUCACCCUUGUCGGCAUUGCGCUGCUCUCGACUGCCAAGGCUUCUUCGUCGCUGUACAUUCUGCUCCUGUUCCUGAACGGUCUUACCGUUGGUGCCGCGAUGAACUACACACUUGCUCAUCUUCUGCAUCUGACGCCAGCUUCGACACAUUACAUUGCUACCUCACUCAUUGCCACCUUCAGAGGCUUCGCUGGAUCUUUUGGCUCAGCUAUUGGAGGAGGACUGUUUACUCGCCUGCUACGAAAGUCGUUGGAGGAAAAGUUUGACGACAGCGAUGCAGAUCUCGUUCGUCGUCUUUUGGGCAGUCCAGCUAUGGUCAGUUUGUUAAAGGGAGCGAAGAAGGCCAAAGCUGUCGCUGGUUACGAAGAUGCAUUGAGAGGGUUGUUCUUGGCCGCCGCUGGACUUGCACUUAUCAUGGUGCUCGUGCAAGCGGCGACCGGUUGGAAGGGUGUGGAAGACGAGCCCAAGACUCAGGAGGGAGAGGAGGAAGUCACGCAAUAG